AGCACACUGGUAGCUAUACCUGCAAACGGUGGCGGGGUUUAGCUAGCGAAUCACGUGGAGAGAGAGUGGAGUCCGGUUAAAAGCGCUGCAGAUUUGCAUCCCCCCGCAGCCUCUCAAAGGGGGGAGUCUUAAAGUUUCAACGCAACGGACAGUUACUGCUCAGAAAAGGUCCUGCCGCAGCACGUCGCGACCUCGGCUCCAUGUCAUCCGCUGUAUCUUGGGCUUUACCUUCUGAUAGUCAACUGAAGAGAAAGGCUAUGCAGUCCAUCUCCCAGAGGAAGAACCCGACACCGACUGGAGUUUGAUCAGCUUCACCGACUGGAGUCUGAUCAGCUUCACCGACUGGACUCUGGUUUUUACACAGGCUUGGCAGGUUGGGUUUAGGCUGCCGAAAGGAUGAACGUGCAAGUCCACUCAGACCACAAGCUGUCGUCCGUGGUCCCCCUCAAACAGUACACUACCGUGGAAAAGAAGGACGUGGAGCUGAUUCUGGUGAAGGAACUAAAUGGGGUUCAGUACACCAACACCGCCGUCAUCGCUGCCCCGGAGACGCGCGUCCAGAUCAGAUCGUCCGAGGACGAGGAGAGGGAGACGUGGGGCAAGAAAAUCGAUUUUCUCCUGUCGGUCAUCGGUUUCGCAGUGGACCUUGCUAAUAUCUGCAGAUUCCCGUAUCUGUGCUACAAAAACGGCGGAGGUGCCUUUCUGAUACCCUACACCCUCUUCCUGGUCAUUGCUGGCAUGCCUCUCUUUUACAUGGAGCUGGCACUGGGACAAUAUAAUCGGGAAGGAGCUGCCACUGUCUGGAAAAUCUGCCCUGUUUUUAAAGGUGUGGGCUACACUGUGAUCAUUAUAGCCUUGUAUGUGGGCUUCUACUACAAUGUGAUCAUAGCCUGGUCUCUGUACUAUCUGUUUGCCUCGUUCGCCUCCGAGCUGCCCUGGCUGCGCUGUGGAAACCCAUGGAACAGCCCUAACUGCAUCGACCCCAAGCUGCUGAACGGCUGCGUGCUGCUGGGCAACGAGACCAAGUACUCCAAAUAUAAAAUCACUCCCGCUGCAGAGUAUUACGAACGAGGAGUGUUGCACCUCCAUGAAAGUGAAGGGAUCCAUGACCUGGGCCCGCCGCGAUGGCAGCUGGUGCUGUGUCUCCUGGUGGUGGUCUUCAUCCUUUACUUUACCCUCUGCAAAGGAGUGAAAACCUCUGGCAAGGUGGUGUACAUCACAGCCACUAUGCCGUACGUAGUGCUGUUUGUGUUGGUGAUCCGCGGUAUUACCCUGCCGGGGGCUAUGGAUGGGAUAAGAGCCUACCUGCACAUAGACUUAAAACGCCUGAACAACGCCACGGUUUGGAUUGAUGCAGCCACACAGAUCUUCUAUUCCCUAGGAGCAGGAUUUGGAGUUUUAAUCGCAUUUGCCAGCUAUAACAAGUUUGACAAUAACUGCUACAGGGAUGCUAUUCUCACAAGCACUAUAAACUGCGUGACCAGCUUCUUCUCAGGAUUUGCUAUCUUCUCAGUCCUCGGCUACAUGGCCUACAUGCAUGGGGUUAAUAUAGAGGACGUAGCAACUGAAGGGCCAGGAUUGGUGUUCAUUAUCUAUCCAGAGGCCAUUUCAACCCUACCAGGUUCAACAUUCUGGUCAAUAGUUUUCUUCCUCAUGCUUUUAACACUGGGCAUCGACAGUUCCAUGGGAGGCAUGGAGGCAAUCAUCACGGGUCUGACGGAUGACUUCAAGAUCCUGAAGAGAAACAGGAAGCUUUUCACCUUUGUGACAGCAUUCGGCACCUUCCUAGUAGCUUUAUCUUGCGUUACAAAUGGUGGGAUUUAUGUCCUGACUCUGCUGGAUUCAUUUUCAGCAGGAACAUCUAUUCUGUUUGGAGUAUUGAUAGAGGCCAUCGGAGUAUCCUGGUUUUAUGGCGUGGACCGAUUCAGCGAAGACAUCGAGCGCAUGAUGGGCUUCAAGCCAGGUCUUUACUGGAGGCUCUGCUGGAAGUUCGUUAGCCCUGCCUUUCUGCUGUUUGUGGUGGUCGCCAGCAUUGUGAAGAUGGAAACACUGACCUACGAUGACUAUACCUUCCCCCCCUGGGCUAGCCUGAUCGGCUGGGGAAUAACAAUGUCUUCAAUGCUCUUUGUACCUGCUUAUGCCAUCUAUAAAUUCCUGACAGUGCGAGGCACAUUUAAAGAGAGGCUGGCUUACUGCAUCACCCCUGAGAAUGAACAUCAUCUUGUAGCUGAGGGGAAUGUGCGGCAAUUUAAGCUGAAGCACUGGCUGGCCAUAUGAAAGGACUGCUUUGCUGCAUCCGUCUGGAAUCAGUGGUGGAAGUUCUGUGCUGUCUUGGCCAAUGAAAAAAAUGCCCUGUGUUGGCGUGCCUCCUCGGAUCUUUGGGAUGAAGCAAGAUUCUUCUUUACAUGUUCAGCACAGAUAUAUGGUGGCUGGACAAGUUUGUUUUUUGCCUAACUGACUUUUGAGUUUUUGUACCAUUUUUUUACACAACAUGACAGCUUUUAAUGCACCUUCUGUUUUGCUGUCAGCUCUUCAGAUGAACACUAAAUCUACGCGAUGUUUGUUUGCAGGAGACCGAGUGAGAAUAAACAGGCCGUCUGGUUAGGAAGUCAGGUUUUCACUUGUGUUCCAGAGGAGUAGGGAAAAUAUUAAAUGGCCUACUGCCACUAUUUCUUCUUCUUCUUCUUCUUCUUCUUCUUCUUCUUCUUCUUCUUCUCCUCCUCCUCCGUUUUAUCAUUGUCAGGAUCAAGUUUUGUCCAAACCUUAAUAAUUGUGGUUCUCCAUGCAAGAGAACUAAUUAGUAUGACAAUGCAUACACUAGGUCUCUCGGCUAAGACUGAGAAAUGAAUGUCCCACGCAGACGCUUUGUGCUGUUCAGUUUUGUAUAUGUGCUUUGCAUUGCUCUGGAGGUUUCUGUUACAGUCCAUGACCCGUUCUCAGAUGUUCCUUGGGGAGUUAGGUUUUUGUUUUGUUUAUUUGGUUUUGUAAAUACGAAUAAAUAGACACUGUUGUUGUACACACCUCGCAUCAAGUAAGCAGGCCACACUGAAGUGAAGUAGCUGCCUCUGUAUAAAUGAAUAGAACCAAAAUGUCACUAUCGAAGACUGAAAUACAAAACACCCUUUUCAACAAACAGUGAAAUACUGACAAAUUCAGGCAGAGAAUAAAGUUAAUACCAGCAUAAUGUAAUGCUAAGAAUGCCCGUGUUAAUUAAUCAUUCAUGAAAAUAUAUCACCCCAGCAUGCAUGUUACUCUAUGUGCUGCAUGUUCAUGGAAAUUAUUAUUCUUUUUUAACCAUGGUGUGGCCGUGCUGUGCUGCUCGUUUAAUCACUUCUUCAUAAACCACACCACACAAAUACACAGCAUGCUCAGAUUAAAUUAGAAUGAAAGUAGAAUUAUAGCCGUUUUAAAGAGGUACGAAAUCAAACUAAUGUUGUGCAACACUCAAACCAAAACGUCAAACGGGUGGCCGAUACCUUUGAGGCAUUACUUCAUAAUUACAGUUUCAUACAUAUAUAUAUAAAAAAUAUGUAUAUAAUUAGAUAUAAGACAUUUCUAUUUUAUUUCUAUUGCAUAAAUUAUUAAGACGGCAUUUAAUAAAAAGAAAUGCUUUGUUAGGUAUGAAGAAAGCCACACUUCUUUGAAUUUGCAUUUUUUAUUCUGUUAUACUGUGCUGUGCCCCCCCCCCCCCCCCCCCCCCCCGUCCAGUUCUAAUGUAGACAGCUGCUGAUUACGCAGUGACACCGCGGAUAAUGGCGGUGUAUGUUCUAAUCUUGUAUUUAUCAAAUUGUUUAUAGAAUCUGUGGAUGUAAAGUCUCUUUUCAGUGUCAGUGUCUGCUGUUCCAUUCCGUCUCUGUGUGUUCAGUGUACUACAAAUAAGAACUAUCUACAAGCUGUGUAUUACACUGUAUGAACUAUCUACAAGCUGUGUAUUACACUGUAAGAACUAUCUACAAGCUGUGUAUUACACUGUAUGAACUAUCUACAAGCUGUGUAUUACACUUUAUGAACUAUCUACAAGCUGUGUAUUACACUUUAUGAACUAUCUACAAGCUGUGUAUUACACUGUAUGAACUGUCUACAGACUGUUGUGUACAUUCCGAAGUCCAGUUAAAAGUGGGUGAAAAAAGUGUCUCUCAAGUACACUAUAACAAUAAAGAGUGUCUUCUAUACAUAUUGGAAA